GUGUCAACCGUUUCGAAAGCUUGUGUUUGUGUUUGUUGACGAUAAAAUAUUAAUAUAAUGCUGUUUUAAUAAGUAUAGAUCUACAUGUUGGCUUAUGCAUAUAGGUAUUUUAUAUGAGUUAAUAACACACCCGUUCCUAUAAAACAAAGAGUAAAGUAAUUUAUGGGGCUAUAAAACAAUCACAAUGGCUGACGAUGAUGCGCCAUCAGACAGCAGUACUUUAGUUAUUAUAGUGGAUACAAACCCCAAUCAAAGAUAUAUAACAGAAGACCCGAAGAUACUCACAGGAUGUCUGGACGCGAUAAUUGCCUUUGCUAAUUCACAUUUAAUGCAGAAAUCUAGGAACCAAUUGGCCGUUAUAGGGUGUCAUUUUCAUAAAAGUGAAUACUUAUACCCUUCUCCGGGGAAACCAUUAGAUGUAAGACAAAUUGAUGGACAGUAUGAAUUAUUUACACUUGUUGAAAAAACUAUUAAAAUGAGAUUAGUGAAUUUAAUAAAAAGCCAACCUCAUGAAGAGAAACCUGGUGAAUCCUUACUCGCUGGAGCACUGGCUAUGGGACUGUGUUUUAUUGCUAGAAUGCGUCGAGAAGCACAACCAGGACUCAGGAUGAGCAGUCGAAUGCUCAUAGUGACGGGCAGUAGCGAUACAGCUGCACAAUACAUUAAUUAUAUGAAUGUUUUCUUUACUGCACAGAAACAGCAAGUACUUAUAGACGUGUGCUCUCUCGACAAGCACCUCAGUCUACUGCAACAGGGCUGCGACAUCACCGGAGGUUUAUAUCUUAAAGUACCCUCGUUGGAAGGAUUGUUGCAGUAUUUAUUGUGGGUAUUCCUCCCCGAGGUAUGGGAGCGCAAGCAGCUGGUGCUGCCGGGGCGCGGGCGGGUGGACUACCGCGCGGCCUGCUUCUGCCACCGCGACCUGCUCACCAUCGGCUACGUGUGCUCCGUGUGUCUCAGCGUGUUUUGUAAAUUCAGCCCAAUUUGCACGACGUGUCAUACGGUGUUCAAAAUUGCUGGUCCGCUUCAGAUCAAACCUAAGAAGAAGAAAAUUAAGUUAUAGUUUUGUAAUUUGUAAAUAGUUAAGUAUCAAUAAAUAGUUUUUACAAUAA